GUGACAUCGCAGGGAGACAAGCAGGAAAUCCGCAUUCAAGGUUUUGGUCUCCACGUGAGUGUCUUCCUCAAAGUUGGGCGAGAGUCCCCCUGCUGUGCCUUCCUGUUGCGUCUCUGACAUGGAGGAAAUGCUGUCCUUCUCAGAUGUGGCCAUCGAGUUUUCUCCAGAAGAGAGGAAAUGCCUGGAGCCUGCUCAGUGGAAUCUGUACAGGGAUGUGAUGUUGGAGAAUUACAGCCACCUUGAGUUCCUGGGUCUUGCUGUUUCUAAGCCACACCUGGUGACAUUUCUGGAGCAAAGACCAGAUCCUGCAGAUAGGAAGAGACAAGCAGCAGUCACCGUGCACCCAGGAAAAACAUCCAGUGAUUAUAAUGUUUACAACAAAGCCAUUGAUUGUAACUCACUAUACAUUCAACACCAAAGAAUUCGUACAAAGGAGAAACCCUUCAAGUGUGAAGAAUGUGGUAAGGGCCUUGGUUCUUCUAAAGCACUUUCCAUACACCAGAGACUUCACACUGGAGAAAAACCCUACACAUGUAAAGAAUGUCACAAGGCCUUCAAUACUCGCCAAUCACUGUUUAUACACCAGAAAAAUCAUACUGAUGAAAAAACCUACAAGUGUGGAGAUUGUGGCAGAUCAUUUUACUAUUCUUCAAUGCUAAAGCAACAUCAAAAAAUUCAUUCUGGAGAGAAACCCUACAAGUGUGAAGAAUGUGGCAGAGCUUUUUAUGAUCCUUCAAACCUAAAUAAACAUCAAAGAUAUCAUUUUGGUGAGAAACCAUACAAGUGUGAAGAGUGUGGCAAAUGUUUUUCUUCAGUUUCCUACCUUAGACAACAUCAAGUAAUUCACUCCAAAGACUAUCCCUACAAGUGUGUAGAAUGUGGCAAAGGGUUCUCCUCCUUUGCACACCUUCAGAAACAUCAGAGAGUCCACACUGAAAAGAAACCAUACAAGUGUAAGGAGUGUGGCAAAUGUUUUUGCUCAUCUUCAUCGCUUAGACGACAUCAACCAAUCCAUUCUGAAGACUAUCCCUACAAGUGUGCCGAGUGUGGCAAAACUCUUUCCAGUUUUAAAAGACUUAAAGAACAUCAGACAAUUCAUACUGGAGAGAAAUCAUACAAGUGUGAAGAGUGUGGCAAAUGUUUUUACUUACCUUUAUCUCUUCAGCGACAUCAAACAAUUCACUGUGAAGACAAUCCCUACAGGUGUGGGGACUGUGGCAGAUGUUUUUACUCCUCGUUAUCCCUUAGAGAGCAUCAAACAAUCCAUUCUGAAGACAGUCCCUAUAAGUGUGUAGAAUGUGGCAAACAGUUUUCCUAUUCUAGGAGUCUUCUGGAGCAUCAAACAACUCAUACUGGAGAGAAACCCUACAAGUGCAAGGACUGUGGCAAAGCCUUUCAUUAUCAGUCAUCCCUUAGAAAACACAAGAGAGUUCACACUGGAGAGAAACCCUACAAGUGUGAAGCAUGCGACAGAUGUUUUUCCUGUUCUUCAUCCCUUAGACAACAUAAAAGAAAAAAGAAAAUUCAAGGGGGCUGGAGAGAUGGCUCAGAGGUUAAGGGCACUGACUGCUCUUCCAGAGGUCCUGAGUUGAAUUCCCAGCAACCACAUGGUGGCUCACAGCCAUUUCUAGUGAGAUCUGGUGCCAUCUUCUGGCCUGCAAGCAUACAGACAGACAGAAUACUGUAUAAAUAAUAAAUAAAUCUUUUUUUAAAAAGGGGGGGAAAAAGCAAAUUCAAUCUGAAGACAAUCCCUAAAAGUGUGGGGAAUGUGGCAAAGACUUCACGAAUCUUUAUAGCCUUACUCAACACAUGAUAUAGUUCAUACGGAAGAGAAAUCCUACAAAUGCCUUAAAUGUUUACUUCAUCAGCCCUUAAAUCACAUCAAAUGAUUCAUUCUGACUACAAAGUCCAUGUGUGUGUGAAGUAUGGUAAAAAUCUUUGCUAACAAUUUAGAUCUUAUCCAACCCUAAUGAAUCCAUGGUAGAGAAUGUCAAGUUAAUCACUUUGCAAUGUCAGCAUGAACACUAACAUAGAACAGCUCAGGUACUAAGAAUAUCAUCAGAGAACAGCAGAGUUCUUUUUGCUGUAACUCGCAACAGUUUGUUCAAGCAAUGUGUUUAAAGCUUGCCUUUAUUAAUAAGUCUCCAUCUUCUGUAACCAUAAAUGCUCCAUGAAACCUUUCCCGUGUCCUAGCUUUGUCCAUUGGUCACCCGGAAUCUGAGAUCUGGGCUGUGGCAUAGUUACUGUUGUUUUUCCCAGUGGAGUCAUCUGAGCUCCUGUAACAUCCCCUUGGUGUGUAAGAAGCUCCGCCUCUCUGAGCUAGCAGGUGUCCACCCAGCGCCUGGCUCUGGAAUCCUUACUGGUAAAUAAAGGACAGAGACAGAGCUAAGAGAGCAUGAAGGCUCUUCCUGUCCAGGACCUCAGCUGCAAGGCAGCAGCGUUGGCUGCAGAGGUGCAGUCGUCAGCUGAGGCAGCUUUAGUAUCAGGUGCAGCUGCUGCUGUGCCUCAGACAAAAGCAGCAGUGCCCACAGAGCAAUGAUGCAGGAAAGGUGUGGAGCAACCAAUUGUUUUCUGACUGGAUACAAAGCUCAUUCCAUAAAUGGUAACUCGUGUGAUGUUAAUUUGGUGAUGUAAUUUUUUUGGCCUGGCCAGGUUAUAGGAAGAAUUUAAUGCUGUUAUUAUAAUAAGUGGACAGUAACUAAAUGAACCCAAGUUCUCAUCUUUAUACCCACAGGGUAAGGCACCUCUCUACACCCACCAGAAAAUCUUAAUUGUGUAGUAGAUGGAGAAUAAUACACAGAGGCAAAUUGGUCAAAGUGUAGAGACUAUUAGCCAUAUGCCACUGCUGUAUUUAUUUUUUCUCAGCAUAGUAACUUGCAGUCAGCAAGAC